CGGGACACAACAACAGCGAUGACGCGACUAGUCACUACGGCUGCGCGUAAAGCGGACAGCUGAUAACUCAUCUAUUAUGCUACUUGGCUAAAUUGAAAUCAUCUCGCAAAGUGAGCGGAGGCCGCCGUUGGACUCUCCGGAGGACCGAAGCCCAAAGUCGUACGAUGGGAGUUUGUCUCCUGGAGGGAAACGUCCAGCUGAAGAAGCGACGCAACUGACGCGCACACGCACGCACCCUCGUAACACAGAGGGCCUUUUUCCAAUUUCCACCUCGCGGUCAGACGCUGCCUUCCCACGCCGCAUUAGCGCGUCGCCGCCGCCGUCGGCCACCAUGUCGGACGCCCCCGAGGCUGCCCCGCCCAGCCCCCCCGCCCUCAGCAACCCGCUGCCGCCCGAGGUCACCAACCCGACCAAGCCCGGCAGGAAGACGAACCAGCUGCAGUACAUGCAGAACGUGGUGGUGAAGACGUUGUGGAAGCACCAGUUCGCGUGGCCGUUCUACCAGCCCGUGGACGCCAUCAAGCUGUGCCUGGCGGACUACCAUAAGGUGAUCAAGAACCCCAUGGACAUGGGCACCAUCAAAAAGCGUCUGGAGAACAACUACUACUGGAGCGCCAGUGAGGCCAUGCAGGACUUCAACACCAUGUUCACCAACUGCUAUAUCUACAACAAGCCGACGGACGACAUCGUGCUGAUGGCGCAGGCGCUGGAGAAGAUCUUCCUUCAGAAGGUGGCGCAGAUGCCUCAGGAGGAAGUGGCGCUGCUCCCGCCCGCCCCCAAAGGCAAGAACAAGAGCAAACAGCUUCCUGCUGCGCCCACCACAGUGAGUCAGCAGGCGGAGUCUUCGGUGUCGCCCCCCGCCUCCUACCCCUCCCCCUCCCAGACGGCCGUUAUUUCCGCCACGCCCACAAAUGUCCAGGCCACGCCCCCCGCGCAGCAGCCGCCGGCCGCCAUGAUGCCGUCCGCGCAGCCCGUGGUCAAGGGACACCCGGCGAGGGAACGCAAAAAGGGCGCACGACAGGAUGCGGGAAAUGAGCGAGGCAGCGGCGCGAAAAAGGGCGUCAAGCGGAAAGCCGACACCACCACGCCCACCACGUCGGCCAUCUCGGCGGGCCGCGCCGACUCGCCCACGGCGCAGGACAUCAAACCGGCAAAGCUGGCCUCGGCCCGCCGCGAAGCCGCCGCCCGGCCCGCCAAAGCGCGGCGGGAGACGGGCGAAGAUGCGGCGGCCGGCGAUGCGGGGGGCGGAGGGGGCGCGGCGCCGGCCAUCGGCGGCGGGGCGGGCGGCGGCAGGAAGGCGGGCAAGCCGGGCGAACAGAUGAAGCACUGCGACGCCAUCCUGAAGGAGAUGCUGUCCAAAAAGCACGCCGCCUACGCUUGGCCCUUCUACAAGCCCGUCGACGCCGAGGCCCUGGAGCUGCACGACUACCACGACAUCAUCAAACACCCCAUGGACCUCAGCACCGUCAGGAAAAAGAUGGACAAAGGCGAGUACUGCGACCCUCAGAGCUUCGCCACUGACGUCAGGUUAAUGUUCUCCAACUGCUACAAGUACAACCCCCCCGACCACGAGGUGGUGGCCAUGGCGCGCAAGCUGCAGGACGUGUUCGAGAUGCGCUUCGCCAAGAUCCCGGACGAAGGCGUGGAGGCGUCGGUUCCGUCCACGACGCCAUUGGUUAGUAAAAGCACGGCCUCGUCCGACAGCAGCAACAACUCCUCCUCAGACGAGUCGUCUGACUCGGAGGAGGAGCGCGCCACGCGAUUGGCUGAGCUACAGGAGCAGGUUGGUGCUGCCGGCCAAUCCCAGCUGAAGGCGGUGCACGAACAGCUGGCCGUCCUGUCGCAGGCGCCCGUCAGCAAGCCCAAGAAGAAGAAGGAGAAGAAGGACAAGGACAAGAAGAAGGACAAAGCCGACAAGGCCGCCGCCAAGGCCAAGCCCGACGACGACAAGAAGCCCAAGGCCGCCGCCCAGCAGCCCAAGACAGCCAAUCAGAAGAAGGCGCCGGCGCGCAAGGCCAACAGCACCGUCACCGCCGCCAGACAAGCCAAGAAGGGCGCCAAAGCGGCGGGGGGCGCCUCGGCCAACGGCGACGACGGCGGCGGCGGCGGCGGGGGUGAGGAGUCGUCCUCUCUCCCCAUGUCGUACGACGAGAAACGCCAGCUGAGUCUGGACAUCAACCGGCUGCCCGGAGAGAAGCUGGGCCGCGUGGUACACAUCAUCCAGUCCCGGGAACCUUCCCUGAGGGACUCCAACCCCGACGAGAUUGAGAUCGACUUCGAGACCCUCAAGCCGUCCACGCUCCGAGAACUCGAGCGCUACGUCAAGUCCUGCCUGCAGAAGAAGCAGAGGAAACUCAUGCAGAAGCAAGCCGGAGGCGGGGCCUCAGGCGGCGGGGCGAGUCGUUUGAGCGGCAGCUCGUCUUCCUCGUCCGACGACAGCUCCUCGACGGGAACGUCCUCGUCCUCGGACACAGACUGAACACACACACACACACACACACACACGUAUAUAAAUAUAUAAAUAUAUACACAAGUACACACACACACUGAUGUAUGUAAAUAAGCUGACCUGUUUUUUUAGCAUCUAGUCUUUGUUUUUUUUUUUGUUUUUUUUAAUUUUGUUUUUUGUUUGUGGAGGAAAUCAAAAACUGGGACGGAUGACGCGUUUGACUUUUGCAUCACGGCGGCCCGUCAGAAGAUCAAAAAAAGAAUCGGAAAUAUUUCACACGUCUUAUCGACAUGCCUGACGGAAGGUGCGUUCAGGGAUAGCGGGACAUCAGAGUGUUUCAUUGAGAAACGGACUCUCGAACGCUUUCGGCCAAUAAAAACCCUUUCUGACGUCGCCGGCCGGCCGAGCCCCGCCCCUUCCUUCAACCAACACUACUUCGCUCACUUCCUUCAUGGACUCUGUACCACUUCCUGUCGGGAGCCCCGCCCCCUCCAAACGCUCUGGAUCGAGGGGAGGGGAGGGAAUGUUUUUAGCCUUUUAAAUUUUUGCAUUCUUAAUCCAUCGUUGUUUGGUCAGAACAACCCCAACCCUCACCCACCGCGGUGACAUCGAGGACGACGUUUUCCGGUCGGUCGGGCCCGUACGGAAUUAUAUCUGUGCUGUCACAAUUACUGACACUGAUGAUGAUGAUUAUUAUUAUUAUUUUUUUUUUUAUUACCAUCAAAUUAUUCACUGCACUUUGCAGCUUCAGAAAUUGAACAUUCAGCUGCCAGUCGGGCGUCAAAGCGCCACUCGGGUCGCCCAGGACCAAAGCCGCCGUCUGACCGCAAAACGUGAUCGGCUUGAGGUCGGGGGACGGCUUCGGCCUGGCGAGUCACCGGGACGAGACGAUUUGAUGCUGAAUUUGUGAAGCUGAAAAGUACAUUAUUUUAAUAGUAAUCAAAUUUGAGUCUUACUCAGAUUCCGAAUCCGACGGCACGGAUGGACUUCCGUACGUGCCGGGCGGCUAGUGUGUGAUGGGCGGCCGGGCGGGGGCGAGUUUGUUUUUAGUUGCUCUACUAGUUGAUUUUGUAUUUUACUAAGAAAAAGGAAAAGAGUGAUUUGAUGUGUAUGCAUGCACUCCGUCGGGCUGUACGUUGAGCACUGUAUAGUAGCUUCCUGUAUAGUAGCUUCUUGUCAAGUAGCUUCCUGUGUAGUCUCCGUGCUACACGCGUGUGCUACGCGCCAACACACGAGAAGAAGCCAGAAGAAGAAAAGUCAUUUGGUGUAAUUACUGAUAUGGGAUCCUUAUUUUCUGACUUCCUUUCUUUUCAUAAAUAAACACAUGAAGUGAC